AAUUGUAGUUGAGAACGUCUGUUACAACGGCUCACGUAUUAAAAAAUAGUCGGGUUUAAAUCGGGCUCGGGCUCAUAAUUACAGUUAAUGUGUCGGACCGGGUCGGGCUCGGACACAAGGUGCACGGGCUCGGGUAGGGUCGGGUUUAAUUUUUUGGGCCCGAUCUAAGCUCUACUUCCAUAGUCACAAGUGCAGCUACGGGCCUGUUUCUGGGAGCGCAAUGUGCGAUGAUGACAGCGGCGGUGACGACGGGAAAACCGCUACUGCUCGUUCACAUCACAGCGUCAAUUAUUAUGAUAAGUGUUUCAUGCGGAAAUAUCGGCAUUUUGAGUAUGUAACGCCACCUGCAGGCGUUCCCGGGAGCUUCUCCAAACAUCACAGUCUUAAAAUGUAUUAUUUUUUUAUAUUGGCCUAGUAUUUUUGAACCUUCCGAAUAGAAACACUUAUACAGAAAUACCUCAUGUUUAACUUCUGGCACGCCCUAGGUGAUGGCAAAUACCGGUUCGUUCAAAAUGAUCGUUAUAACCGCGUUUUAUGAGACCCAAGAAAACGAAUUUACCGAAUUUUCUGGCAUGAAAUCCCACAUAACAUGAGUCCAUAAACAGCAUAAACGCUGGUUCAGAUAGGUGUGGGUUUUUUAUGUUCAUUUUGGUCAGAUGACUAAAACGCUGGUAAUGAAGUUAACGGUCACAGACCGUGCAGGAGCAGGUCUGCUCCUAAAACUGAUUGACGAAGCUUUAACUGGUCAGCAAACGGAAACGGUCAUUUGUGAAACAGGAGAAGCGCUUGCUUGUUGAGUUGUUACUCAACUUAACAUCCUGUACAUGAAAGCGAAAGCGAGAGCCGCCGAGAGCGCGGCUGCAUCCGGCUGACGGUACGAGUGUCACCUCUGAGAGCCGCAGGGCGGCGCCCCGCCACGGCCGACGCUCGGUCACCAUAACUCCCUGACAUCCAUCGCUCCGACUCGUUGCUGAUGGAGUUCGCCGAGCAUAUCAAGACCGCCAACGUAGAAAACGUGGUCCUCACACAGCAGCUCGAAGCGUCGCUGAAGGGGACGCUGUGUGUGACCGGACACCACCUGUUGUUGUUCGGCAGGGACGGCGACAGCACCGCACAGCUUCUACUUUUGCUCCGGAACAUCGACGCCGUCGAGAAAAGCAGUGUGGAGAACCUGAUGGAGUUCUCAGGCCUGCGCUUAAGUGCAUGGAGCCAGCGUGACAGGGCCAUCGAGUCAUCUGGAACCAUCACUGUUAAGUGCAAGGACUUGCGGAUUCUGCAGCUGGACAUUCCAGGCAUGGAGGAGUGUCUGAAUGUCGCCAGCUCCAUUGAGGCCCUUUCCUCCCUGGACACUGUGACGGAUCUAUACCCAUUCUACUACAGACCCUCCCACCUCAGUCUGAAGGACCCCUGGGGACUGUCUUUGCCAGUACAAGACUUUGCGGAGCUCAGUGCACAGACUGGAAGGUGGCGGCUGUCGGAGGUGAACAGGGAUUAUUCGGUCUGUCUCUCCUAUCCCCCUGCUGUCAUCGUGCCGCAGACUGUCGAUGACAAUACCUUGAGGAAGGUUGCCAGGUUCCGGCAGGGUGGCAGAUUUCCCGUCCUCUGCUACUACCACAGACCGAACAACAUGGUGAUCAUGCGCAGCAGUCAGCCUCUGCAGGGGGCCAAUAGGAAGCGCUCCAAAGAGGAUGAGUCCCUGCUCCAUGCUGUGAUUGACGGCUUACCCCAAGGAUACAUCAUUGACACUCGUUCGGCACAGCUGGCUCAGCAGGCUCGAGUGAUCGGUGGAGGGUUCGAAUCCAAGGCCAACUAUAGCCAUUGGAAGAGGCUCCACCAUAAUCUGGAGAGAGGGAAGCCGCUUCUGGAGGCCUUUGUCAAACUGGUGGAAGCCUGCAGUGAUCAGUGGCAGGGUGUGGAUCGCUGGCUGAGUCGUCUGGAGAGCUCCCGCUGGCUGUCCCAUGUGCAGAGCACCCUGUCUACUGCAGGACUGCUGGCUCAGUGUGUGGAGAGAGGUCACCAUAAGGGAGACACUGGAGCUAACGAAGCUGAUGCCACAAGGAUACCAGGGCCUGAUGCUGGAGAAAGUGAAACUGACGCCGUGAGGAAGGCAGGGCCUGACACUGGAGCUAACGAAGCUGAUGUCACGAGGAUAUCAGGGCCUGACCAGGGCCUCACGCCCUGGAGAUAAUGAAGCUGAUGCUGUGAGGAAGGCAAGGCCUGACACUGGAACUAAUGAAGCUUAUGGCGUAAAGGAGGCAAGGCCUGACACUGGAACUAAUGAAGCUGAUGGCGUAAAGGAGGCAAGGCCUGACACUGGAAUUAAUGAAGCUGACGCCGUGAGGAAGGCAGGGCCUGACACUGGAGAUAAUGAAGCUGAUGCAAGAGCCUGACGCUGGAGAUAAUGAAGCUGACGCUGUCAGGAAGGCAGGGCCUGACGCUGGAGAUAAUGAAGCUGAUGCCGUGAGGAAAGCAGGGCCUGAUGCUGGAGAAAGUGAAGCUGACGCCGUGAGGAAGGCAGGGCCUGACACUGGAGCUAACGAAGCUGACACCACAAGAACAGCAGGGCCUUACACUGGAGCUAAUGAAGCUGAUGCCACGAGGAUACCAGGGCCUGACCAGGGCCUCACACCCUGGAGAUAAUGAAGCUGAUGCUGUGAGGAAGGCAGGGCCUGACACUGCAGCUAAUGAAGCUGAUGGCGUGGAGGCGGCAAGGCCUGACACCGGAAUUAAUGAAGCUGACGCCGUGAGGAAGGCAGGGCCUGACACUGGAGAUAAUGAAGCUGAUGCCGUAAGGAAAGCAGGGCCUGAUGCUGGAGAUAAUGAAGCUGAUGCCGUAAGGAAAGCAGGGCCUG